GGCUAGGCUGGAGACUCGCCCCAGCAGUCUCGGGGCGGCGGCAGCGUGUGGCCAUCCCCGGGCGGAGCGGCCAGGGGCAGGAUGGUGGAUCGGGAGUUCAACAAGACAUUGCUACUAGAGCUGCUGAGAGCAGCCGGGACAGGGAACUCCCAGUGCGCAGACUGCGGGACACCCGAUCCUGAGUGGGCCUCUUAUAAGCUUGGAAUAUUCAUUUGUUUGAGUUGCUCCGGGAUUCAUCGCAACCUUCCUGAAAUCAGCAGGGUCAAAUCCAUCCGCCUUGACUUCUGGGAGAAUGAUCUAGUAGAGUUUAUGAAGAUGCAUGGGAAUCUCUGGGCCAAGGCUAAAUAUGAGGCAAAAGUCCCACCUUUCUAUUACAUCCCCUAUUCCAAGGACUGCCUGGUUUUAAAAGAACAAGGGAUCAGAGCUAAAUACGAGCGGGAAGAGUUUGUUGCCACCAGUGUCUGCCAUGAAACAGGUUCCUCAGCGUCUGCAGGCAGCCGUGAAGGAUUUCUGUGGAAGCGCGGGCGGGACAGCAGGCAGUUCCUGAAGAGGCAGUUCCUCUUGUCGGCAAGGGAAGGUGUGCUGAAGUACUACACCAAAGAGUCUAAAGGGCCGAAAGCUGUGAUCAGCAUAAAGGAUCUGAACGCAAUGUUCCAGACGGAGAAAAUCAGAAACCCUCAUGGGCUGCAGAUCACCUACAGCAAAGAAGGUCAGACAAGGAACCUCUUUGUCUAUCAUGAAAGUGGAAAGGAAAUUGUUGACUGGUUCAAUGCCAUUCGGGCAGCGCGUUUCCAUUACCUUAGAACCGCCUUCCCCACCGCUCCUGAGGCCGAGCUCAUACCCAGGAUUACAAGGAAUUAUUUCAAAGAAGGCUAUAUGGAGAAAACAGGGCCAAAGCACCAGGCCUUUAAGAAGCGCUGGUUCAGCCUGGACUCCUAGGAGAGGAACCUGCUUUACUUUAAAGACCCGUUGGAUGCCUUUGAACUGGGACGAGUUUUUAUUGGAAGCAAAGAGCAGGGAUAUGAGGUCCAGGCUGGCUUGCCCAGAGGAGUCAGGGGGAAGAGGUGGAAAGUUGGGCUCACCAUAGUCACGCCACACAGGAAGUUUGUGUUUGUGUGUGAAAAUGACAGGGAGCAGAAGGAGUGGAUAGCGGCUUUGAAUGAAGUCAUCUCCCAGCCUGUGGCAGCCUAGGACUAGUGCAGAGGCCACUCUCGGGCUGCGCUGACCACCAGACCAGAUGACUUGGGCACAUGGGUUGAGGUGGGAAGAUAAACUCAGAGACACUUUACCAGCUGACAACUGUUUUUGCCUUUGUCUUCUGUCCUGGAAAGAGGGGAGCGCGGGAUUGCAUUUCCAGGGCUCAUUCCAGUCCAGCCUACAAGGGCCAUGGUGAUCGGUGGGAUGUGGUCACCUGAGCAGUAGGAAGCAGACGGAGAUAACCACACUCAAUUCAUGGGACUGUCAGCCGCUGUUAUGUCCUGACAUGGACUGCACUGGAGCCAACGACCAGGAGAAGAGAGCGCCCCAUCCCAGUGUUAAGGCCUACAGGGGGAUUUUCAAAAGGGCUUAGCACUGGCCAAACUCUGCUCCCACUGAAAUCAGUGUGUCAUGACCCACGGCUCUCAAACGUGGGCCCACAAGGUUCAUGGAAGCAGCCACGCUCCAGCUUUCCACCCAGCAGCCAGCUGGCAGCAGGUUACCUGAGACCCAGGAACCUCAGCCCCAGUGUAAGGCCCCGCUCCUGAAGUCCAAAUGGCAGAGUCCCAGGGCAACUGAUUGGCCCGUUGGCCCUACUGAAGCCAGCAGCAGGAACAGGAAGCUGUCUGAACAACUGGGCUCUACCCUGUUCUUGAUCUCCUGGCAUCUGACUCACAGUUCCCGACAUCCAGUUUGUCUCCUGCCUCUGAUCCCCUGGUAUCCAGACCCAGCCUGACUCUGGUUCCCAGCUUGUGGCUUGCGGCUGACCUCCUGGUAGUCUGACUCCUGUCUCGUAGCCGUGGACUUGGCUCUAUUAGGUCUGGCUGCCCACAACCCAGCUGUGGCCUAGUGGGAGUUUUACCAUUGACUCCAGCGGGGGCAGUGUUAUACCACUGCUGAGCCCUCAGCCUGUGGAUGAGGGGCUGUGCACCCUAACUCCUGUUGGCUUCAGCAGGUUCUCGGAACCUCCCAGGAUGCGUCCCACGGGUUCGAAUGAAAGGAUUGCCUCCUUUUUUUAUAAGAGGG